AUGAAGAAUCAAAUGUUGAAGAAAGAUGAAACGUACAACGAAAUUCGAAUUCCUGAAAGGUCAAGCAAUAAUCAAGAAUCUGAAACAAACCAAUCAGCGAAUCAGUUGACCGGUCGAGCGAUACAAUUCGGCUGGAAGUUGAUGUUGCUGAUAACGGUGAUGAUGUUGAUGCUGAUGAUGAUCGUGUUCUCAGCUGAGAGUACGGCAACUUAA